AUGAGUAUCUGCAACAAACCUUCUAAUAAGACAGCUCCAGAGAAUUUGGGUGAAGCUGUUCCUGAGGUGCAGGUCCAACGCGCUCGAAGGAAUGGCUGGAGCUGGCCUCUGCACCUUUUCCAGAUUAUUGCCUGGUUGCUGUACCUCUUCUUUGCACUGGUUGGCUUUGGAAUCCUGGUUCCUCUCCUGCCCCCCCACUGGCUGCCGGCUGGCUAUAUCUGUCCAGGAGUGUGUUUUAUCUACCAUUUAGUUGUUCAUCUUACUGCAGUCUCCAUUGAUCCUGCGGAUGCAAAUGUGCGAGAAAAAAACUAUCUAGGGCCUCUGGCCACCUUCAAUCGUAAUCAACAUGCACAUGUCAUUGAAAACCAUCAUUGCCGUGUCUGUGAUGUAGAUGUGAGUGCUAAGUCAAAGCACUGUGGAACUUGCAACAAGUGUGUGUGUGGCUUUGAUCACCACUGCAAAUGGCUCAACAACUGUGUGGGAGAGAGAAAUUACUGGCUCUUUUUGAAUAGCGUGCUGUCUGCCUUUCUGGGCCUUGGGCUUCUGCUGCUCGUCGCUUGCUACAUCUUUGUGGAGUUCUUCAUUGACCCCAUGAUGCUUCGCUCCGACCAGCACUUUGAUGCUCUAAAGAACAACACGGAGCGCUGGUUUGUGUUUCUUCCUGCAGCUCCUGUUGAGACUGAGACAUCUGCCAUUUUGGUCAUGGCUGGGAUUUUUAUUCUUCUGAGCCUUAUGACCGUGAUCCUGCUAGGCCAUCUCUUGAUCUUUCACAUCUAUCUCAUGUGGAACAAAUUGACUACAUACGAGUACAUCCUGCAGCAGCGUCCCCAGCAAGAGGUGAAAGAGGUGGACAAGCAGCUGGAGUCUUGUCCAUCCCAAGUGAGACCUGGUCAGGAAGCAGACUUCUUUUCGGUUAACCCUGGAUAUGCAGAUCCUGGUAUUCAAGUAGAGGAGUUCUCAACAGUAACUUCAGAAAAAGGCUUUUCCAAGCUUUAUGUCCACAAUGAUGGAGCUGACCCCGAGCAGAGCUUUUCUCCUGACCUCCCAGCUCUUCACUUUGCCGUCCCUUCUCAGUGGCAGAAAAAAAGAAGAAAGACGCGUAAAGCUUCUUCCUCAGCAGCGGAGGGCAGAUCUAAAACACAUGCUAGACCUUGGCCCUCUUUCCCAGGUCCCCAGUCAGACAGUCCCAGAGGUGACAGGAAAAAGAAUCUGUAUUCCCGGCACAAGGUAAAAAUGAAAAGCUGCCAGCAAGAAAGAUGCAUGGAACGAGACCUGGAACUUUUUUCUAAGAGUCCUGCUGUGUUUGUAAGUAAGAGCAGUGGAGAACCUCAUGUCUCUCAGCCCCAGCCCAGUGAAACCACAUCAGAGCCACACCACAGAAAAUGCACCAGCAAGCAGCACGUGGGCAGACAUGAUCCACGCUUUAAGGACAUAAGGACAAACACCACAGCGGCCUAG